CUGCUACUAUUCGUUGUUCCCCACCAAAAAAGCUCUAACCUAAGAAAGGAAGUAGGAACAGCCUCGUAGGAUCCCUACUGCGGGUCUGUCACUUCCCCCGUUGUUGCCAGCGGAGAACGAUCUUGACAGUAAAACGUAAAAAUUCAACACUUUUGAUUGUGUGACCAAUCCACGUACCUCCUCUUUACCUGCAAUCAGUUGAUUACUUUGUUUUGACUAUCAUCACCAUGGCUGAAGCAGUACUAAAUCGCUUGGGUCGCGCUUCGGGAGUGCUCGCGGUGGGAACUUUUACCGUGUCACAGUGCUUGUUUAAUGUGGACGGCGGUGAACGCGCCGUCAUGUUCGAUACGCUUCGUGGAGGUAUUCUGCCAGAUAUUCGCAAAGAAGGAACGCAUUUUCUUGUACCAAUCAUCCAGCGCCCUGUCAUCAUGGACAUUCGUACCAAGGCAAGAGAGGUGCCGUCCGUGACUGGUACCAAGGAUUUGCAGAUGGUGAAUAUCAAGCUUCGCGUAUUGUGGCGACCCAUAGAAGAGGAACUUCCCACUCUGUACCGUGAACUGGGCACAGAUUUCGACGAGCGCGUUCUUCCUUCUAUCGGAAACGAAGUCUUAAAAUCUGUGGUUGCGCAGUACAACGCGGAAGAGCUUCUUUCCAAACGUGAGGAAGUGUCAGAGCGCAUCAAGAACGAAAUGAUGAAACGUGCCAAACACUUUCAUCUUACGCUGGAUGAUGUUGCUAUAACGCACUUGACGUUUGGUCGAGAGUUUAUGAAGGCUAUCGAAGCCAAGCAGGUGGCCAGUCAGGAAGCGGAACGCCAGCAGUGGGUUGUGAAGAAGGCCGAACAGGAACGGCAGGCAGUUGUAACUCGCGCGGAGGGUGAAGCCGAGUCAGCCCGUAUCAUCACAAAGGCGAUGGAGAAGACGGGAAACGCGAUUAUUGAGGUGCGACGUAUUGAUGCAGCCAAGGAGAUUGCGGGCAAGCUGGCGAACUCUCGCAACAUCGUGUACUUACCAAACACUGGCGGCGGAAAUGGAAGCAGUGGCGGAGGCAGCAAUAUGCUGCUGGGAAUUGAUACCAAGUGAAGAUAGCAGAAGCUGGUCAAACUUCCAAAUGACGAAAUCUAUGAGCGUUAAUAAUAUAAAUGUGAGUGCCGACGAUUUCAUCACCAAUUAUCUGCAAGGAUAGAAAGGGAAGAAUGAAAAGAGCUGAUUGGUAGAUUGCGCUGAAUGGGUUGUUUACGGUCUUUUUUCUGAACACAUACGCUUCACAAAUUGAUUUUCAUGUCUUUCCCUCUCCCAUAUUCUAAAGAACUGGGAAGGGAUAAGCUUUACGUGCUAUGUCAUGACUUCUUAGAAUAGGUAGCUCAAUCGGC